AUGACGAAGUUGUCUGCGGGGAAGGGGCCGACGAGCCAGGAGCUAAACGCGCUGCGUGAGCGGCUCAGCAGUCCGGAGCUGGGCCAGUCGCAACUCUUCGAGGGCUGGCCGGCGUCGACGGAGGAGUUCACGGAGGAGCAACGAAGUCUGAUGGUGGAACUGUUCCGCAUCGGGGAGCACUACAGGGGCGGCAUCGAACAGUACGUGCGCAACGGCCAACGCCUCCUCGCGGCGAAGGGCGGCUCCCUCGAGGAGUACACCAGCCUCGACUUUCCGUCCCACGUGUACGAGGCCCCUUCCCUCUUUGACCGCAGCGAGGAGUUGAUGAGUCUGGAGCGGGAGGGCCUCCGGUACGCCAAGCAGUGCGUCUUUGUGCUGGUGGCGGGGGGCCUGGGGGAGCGGCUGGGGUACUCCGGGAUUAAGCUUGGCCUGCCCGUCGAGACGGCGUCGCGGCGCUGCUACCUCGAGCACUACCUUGGCUGGGUGACCCACGUCGCCGGGCCCAACGCACCGUUCGUCAUCAUGACCUCCGACGACACACACGCCAGCACAGAGAAGCUUCUGCGGGCGCUGGGGCGGAACACGCCGAACGUGCAUCUUUUGAAACAGGAGACAGUUCCCUGUUUCACCGACACCGCAGCACACCUGGCGCUCUCAAAUGGGAAGCUGCUUCGCAAACCCCACGGUCACGGUGAUGUGCAUUCACUGCUUUACGGCGCCGUUGACCACGCGUCAGGGCGGCGGCUGCUGGAGCUGUGGCAGUCUCAGGGGUAUUCCUACGUUGUUUUUAUGCAAGACACGAAUGCCAUCGCCACCAUGACGAUCCCAGUGAGCCUGGGGAUGAGUGCCAAGCAUCGACUGGCAAUGAAUUUCACCUGCAUCCCGCGUCAGCCAAAGGAGGCGAUUGGUCUGCUCUGCAAGGUGCACCUCCGCGGCUCGGAUAUUGAGCGGACAGUAAACAUUGAGUACAACAAUUUUGCGUCUGUGGCGGCGUCGCUGACGGAGCUCGGGGGGGAUGUGGCGGUUGCAGGGUCCAACUACUCUCCCUACCCCGGAAGCAUCAAUACCCUCAUUCUGGACUUAAAGGAGUACCUGCCGUUGCUCAUAGAAUCCCAUGGCCGUGUUCCAGAGUUUAUUAACCUUAAAUUCACAGACGACAGCAAGACAAAGUUCAAGCCGUGUCGCAUUGAGUCCCUUAUGCAGGACGUUGCGCUUCUCUUUGACUCCGCGAAGAAGCGUGUUGGGGCCGUAACCUUCAGUCGAUUUACGUUUCAGCCAGUGAAGAAUGCGCUGCAGGAGGGACUCAAGAAGGCCUCUGAGGGGCUUGCGGCGUACUGCGCAGCAACUGGCGAGCAGGAUUACUAUGAGGCUCUCCGUCUCCGUUUGCAGGGCGCCGGACUAGAGUUGCCGGCGCGUCCAAGCAACGCCUUCGACGUGGAAGUGGGCUCCGCCUUGAAACUGCAGCUGUUUCCCAUCAUCGUCGCGGACGCUGUGGCGCUGGGGGCCUCUCUUGAGGAUGUCACAAAACGACUUCUCCCACGUCCUGACAAGGUGACGGUGAGCGCCCGGAGUGUCUUGCUCAUCGAGGGCCACGUACGCAUUGAGAGCCUUGACCUUGAUGGUGCCCUGCAUCUUGUGGGGCCGAAGGCGAAGGAUGCGCCGCCGCUGGUUAUUAAGGACCUGACCGUGAAAAACGCCGGCUGGACUGUGCGCGCGUUAUCUGCGGACGAGAAGUUGGACGAGGUUCACCGCAUCCGCGGUUUUGUGCUUGAGGAGCAUGAGACGCAAACCGUUCAUCACGCAAAGUUGUAG